UGCAAAAAAAAAAAGGUUCCCUGAUAUAAAACCAUCAAAAACCCUGCUUCCGUUCUCUCUCUCUCUCUCUCUCUCUCUCUCUUCGUCAUUUUGUUCUCGCGCCUCUGAGAGAUCCAGCAAAACUAAAAAGAAAACCCUAGAAACCGCCAUUACAAGUACGGAGGUGAGAGAAAGACGCAGUUAAUUAAACAAAACCAAUACCUUCUUUCUCUCACCUCGCUCUCCGAUCCAAAUCUAAGUUCAGGUUUAAUUCAUCAGGUUUUGUUCUUUUUCCUUUUUAAAGGAUUUCAAUCAGUGAUGGCGGCACCGGCAGUAGCAAUCCAGCAAGCCUCAGUUCCUCCUCCUGAUGUUGUUGGUAACGCAUUUGUUCACCAAUACUACCUCAUUUUGCAUCAAUCGCCCGAGCUUGUUCAUCGGUUCUACCAGGAUGUUAGUAAGCUUGGCCGUCCUGAUGAUGGUGGAAUUAUGAGUACCACAACCACCAUGCAUGCUAUAAAUGAGAAGAUACUUUCACUUGGUUAUGGGAAAUUUAGGGCUGAAAUUAGUACUGUCGACUCUCAAGAAUCAUUCAAUGGAGGAGUGCUUGUCCUUGUGACAGGAUAUUUGAAUGGAAAUGACAAUUUGCGGCAGAAAUUUACUCAGAGUUUCUUCUUGGCACCUCAAGACAAUGGCUAUUUUGUUUUGAAUGAUGUCUUCCGAUAUGUUGAUGAUGCUAACCAGCAAAAUGAAAACCUCAAUGUUGUCAACAUUGUUGAAGCUCCAGUCGCUGCUGAACAGGACUCGGCUUACGAACAAGAAAACCACAUUUCUGAGCAACCAGCUGCUUUAUCUGAGGAAGCCAAUGAAGAGGAGGUGUGUGAUCCCUCUGAAAAUGAGGAUGUUUCAAUUGAAGAAGAUGAAACACCAGUUCCUGAAGUUGUUGAUGAAGUUCCUGAGGUUUUGGAGAUGGCAGAUUCACAAAUAGUGGCUGAAUCUAUUUCUAAGGUUGAAGAAUUGCCAAAGAAGUCAUAUGCCUCUAUUGUGAAAGUUAUGAAGGAGAAUGUAGUUCCUUUUUCAAGCCCUGCGCCAUCUCCCAUAAGGUCUGCACCUAAGAGCCAAGAACAAGUGACUGCUGCAGUGACUCCUGUGGUGACAUCUGAGACACAUGUGUCAACCUCAAAUGCUACUGAAAAUGCGAAUGCCCAAGAGAGUGAAGCGGACGGUCCUUCUAUUUAUGUGAAAGGUCUACCUUUGGAUGCCACACCUUCCCUCCUUGAGAAUGAGUUUAAGAAGUUUGGAUCUAUUAGGGCUGGUGGUAUUCAAGUUAGAUGCCAAAAGGGAUUUUGCUUUGGGUUUGUGGAGUUUGAAGUGGCAAGUGCCGUGCAAAGUGCAAUAGAGGCUUCUCCUAUUAUGAUUCAUGGAUGCCGGGUUGUUGUUGAGGAAAAGAGAUCUACUUCUCGAGGAAACCAUAGGGGACGAUUUUCAUCUGGAGCAGGGGCUGGAUAUAGGAAUGAGGGAGCAAGAGGGCGUGGCAAUUUUGGAGGGGCCAGAGCCUAUGGUCGGGGUGAUUUCAGUAACAGGUCGGAGUAUGGAAAUAGAAAUGGAAACCGUGGUGGGUUUUCAAACCGUGGAGGUGAUGGAUUUAGGAGGGCUGAUAAGAUGGGGAAUAAUGGUGGCCGUGCAAGCCGUGCUAGUGGAUUAACUCUAAAUGCUGCAGCGAAGACUACAGCACCACGGGUGUCUGCUACUGCUUGAGGAUUAUAAUUUAAGAGGUGGUCUGGGAGUGAUUAAAGAUAGCUUUUUUUGUGUUCAUUAGUGCAGUGAUUUGUCAGAGUGGUUUUUAAUAGCAUUAGGAAGAGAACAUACAUUUUUACAGAUGGGGAAUGUUCCUGAGAUUAUUGUUAAGGGUUUUCUUUUAGAGUUUUGUCCCUUUUUCCUCCAUAACGAGUUGGGGUUUUGUCUGGUAUACUAAUGUCAUGUCCAAGUACCCAUGAUAGUUCUGAGUUCACUUCUUGGCGACCUUUUUCAUUAUGAAAAUAUUAUGUGGGCUUUGUUGAUCAUAUAUUACAUUUUAAUUACAUUUC